AUGCAAAAGACAGCUUGUAAUAAGAGUGUUCCUGUCCCCACAGCACGUUUUCUGGAGCAGUUGAAGGCUGAGUGUCACUACGUCAAGGGGAGGGAGCAUGUGUGGAGCGUGACCAGAUUCAUCUAUAACCAGGAAGAGUUUGCCCGCUUUGACAGUGUCUUUGGGAAGUUCCUGGCAGUGACUGAGCUGGGGCGGCCCAUAGCUGAGUACUUGAACACCCAGAAGGACAUGCUGGACAAUUACCGUGCCUCCGUGGACAGGUGCAGAAAUAACUAUGACCUGGUUGAUAUCUUCAUGUCAAACUUAAAAGCUAAACCCAAGGUGACCGUGUACCCUUCAAAGACGCAGCCCCUGGAACACCACAACCUCCUGGUCUGCUCUGUGAGUGACUUCUACCCUGGCACCAUUGAAAUCAAAUGGUUCCGGAAUGGCGAGGAGGAAAAGACUGGAGUCGUGUCCACCGGCCUGAUCUCUAAUGGAGACUGGACCUACCAGACCCUGGUGAUGCUGGAGACGGUUCCUCAGGGUGGAGAGGUUUACACCUGCCAGGUGGAGCAUCCCAGCCUGCCCAGCCCUGUCAGAGUGGAGUGGAGGGCUCGAUCCACAUCUGCACAGAACAAGAUGCUGAGCGGAGUCAUGGGCAUGGCGCUAGGUCUGUUCAUCCUCGCGGUGGGGCUGUUCAUCUACUUAAGGAAUCUGAGAGCAGGAUCAGUGUCUCAUGGUGCUGGAGAAGGAGCCGAGAGUUCCACAUCCAGAUUGACGGGCAGCAGGAGGGAAUGCCACAUCGGGCCUGCAUUGAGCAUCUGA